CAGUGCGGCCUUGCAGACUGAGAGCGCUGCCAACAAAGGCCGAGUCGAUGGGGUUACAAAAAGAUUGUUAAUUUGGACUUCUAAACCCUUUUGUUGUUGUAAUUAUAAUUUUAUAUAGGUUGUGAAUUUGUGAUUACGGUUAAGAAAAUGUGUGAAUGAUAUGAAUCGUGACGACUAGCAAAGGAGUCAGCUGGUCCACAGUGCGAAUAGUGAAUAAGAAAUGGCGGCCUUGCCAGCAGGUGUUCAGUAUGGGUUAUCAUCGGAGUCUAGUUAUAAAGAAAACAAGGAACUAGUGUUUGUGAAAUUAACGGAUUCAGCGCUGAAAGCUAUUGAAGACUUCCUUAGGAAUAAUAGGGACAGAUUGGCAAAACCUAAAAUACAGUUCCUACCCGGAAAUGAAGGGAAAAUCUCCAUUCCGGCGCCAGCCAGUGGCAAUGGCCAAUCAGGCGAGGCUACAUUUCACUUCAGCAUUAAUAGUAAUGCAGAGAUGGAGGGUCCACAGGGUUCGUUCGAGUGCGUCCGGAGUGGCGGCGCUCGAAGGUUGGAGUCGUGCGGGCCACUACCACGCAGGAUGCGUGUACAGGCCAACGACGACUCGUACGAAGCCACAAAGGACCGUAUGGCGAGAACCGUCGCCGCGGAGCAGAGUAAAUGCACCCGCGUGAUCAAACCUAACCAGACGGACAUUGGACGUCGCGUCAAAUUGCGCUCUGCGCAUCCUUACUCGGGUGUGGGGGCGACCCAGUUAUCCGAGCGGGCUGAGAGGCCCGACCGGCCCGACAGGCCCGAACGGCCCGAGAGGCCCGAACGGCCUGAGCGACCUGAGCGAGCGGAACGGCCCGAGAGGCCGGAGCGAGUGGAAAGGCCCGAACGGCCUGAUCGAGUGGAAAGGCCAGAACGGGCCGUUCCACCCGUCCCUCGCCCGCAGCCGCCGCCGGCCGCGCCGCCGCUCCCCCAGCAUCAACAGCACCAACACCCGCCCAAUCCGCACCAGCCGCAGCGGCCACCCCCUAAUCCGGAUCUCACUAAGCGGUCCCUGAAAGAAAGACUUAUACAGUUAUUAGCAUUGAAACCCUUCAAGAAGCCCGAAUUGUACUCAAGGGUUUAUAGUGAGGGUCUCAAAGACAAGGAGCGCAGUCUGAUGAACAAGAUUUUGCCUCAUAUCAGUACGCUCAAGGAUAACUGUUACCACUUACGUAGAAACAUUUGGAAUGACGUCAACGAGGACUGGCCUUUUUAUACCGAGGAGGAGAAACGUAUGCUCAAGAGGCGGAAACCUCAAAACCUAACACCACCGCUAAGCAGCGACUCUGCGAACUCAUUAUCCCCGCGAGCGUCGCCGAGCGCCGGCAAGCGGCCCAGCAGCGCCAGCGGGGUCAGUGCGGCCAGCGCUGCUAAUGCGGCCAGUGCAGCCCCCGGCGCGGCCGCCGCGGCCAGCGUGGCCGUGCUACCCGCGCUGGCGGACGAGCCGCCGGCCGCCAAGAAGCAGCGCAUCUCGCACUACCGCCGCGCCUCCCCGCCCUCCUCAGGGUACGCCACCACCUCCUCCGGCGAGCGACAAGCCUCCGAUAACGAGGAUGAGCGGACCACUGUUAAAAAGGACAAUGGUUAUACCCUCAAUUAUAAUACUGUAAAGGAUCUCUGCCCCAGUCCUGUGAAGGCGAAUGGUUUUAGAAGUAGUCCCCCAGUAGAGCAAACUAAUAUCACAGAAAAAGACAUCACAAAUAAUGAACCCUUAGAAAAUACAGAAUUAGCGCCUGUCCAUGAUGAGAAUAUGACUGAUUUGGAAGAGAUUGAAAGAUCAUCAAGGAUUUCAAGGCAAUAUCCGCCUAUAACUAGUUCUAACAUUCGGCGGGCGUACAAGAACGAGUUUGCUGAGCUGUACACCGAGUACCGGGCUCUGUAUAACCGCGUGGCGCAAGUGGCGGCGCUGUUUACAAGGCUCGAAGCUGAACUUAAUCGUGCCCAGCCGCUGUCGCCGCAUCAUCAGAGUAUAGAGCAGCGCAUCGUGGACGAGUACCGGCGCGUGAACAACGACCCGGCGUACAAGCAGCAGCGGCGGCGCGUCAACUACCUGCACCGCAAGCUCACUCACAUCAAGCGUAUGGUUUAUCAGUAUGAUCAACUGUCUGUAACGCAUUUAAAGGACUACGGAAACAUACCACGAAACUUAAAACCAGAUCGUGUUUCGACCGCGAGCACAACGCAAGCGUACUGACACUCGAGUUUCUCGCCGCCCGCCGCUCGCUGCCUUUAGUACCGACGUAUAACUAACACGCCUACACAAAACAUCUCAACAGGUCAUAGACAUUUGUAUUAUAAGAUCUAUAGUUUUUAUACGAGUCAGUGUCUCCCGUUUAGUGACAGAGUUAAGCUUUUUAUAUAUAUAACGUUAGGCCUUCUAUGUACUCUUAACGGUCAUGUUAAAGCGCUGACUGCUAAACGUUUUAUCACAAGGAUUUUGAAUAGCGAUGUUGCCUUAUGAUAUUUGCUGGAGACGAUAAUCUGUGAUCGAUGUAUGGUACCUUCUUAUUCUGAUAUGCAGUAUAUGAAAACAUCAUCAAUUAAAAUAGUGUUCAGGACUUGUUCCAACUGCAUUGGUUCCUUCGAUCAUAAGUCCUUAUUGAUAAGGAUGCGAUUAUCGUCUCUCAAAAAUGUUCUGAGGCCGUAUAUCGAUGAUUUGUAUGUAGUUCUUGUCUUGUGGCAGGUUUUCUACUGUUGAGUAUCUUAUUAAAAUUGACUUUUUAUUUUUUUAUCGGGUGAGCAUGAAUGUGCAUUUUGGAAUCCAGUCUCUGAGAAGAGUGAGAUUCAAAAUGUUAUUUAUCUUCGUGUACACCCUAAGAGCGUUUCUUCAAUUAGUUGAAUCUUAAUAAUUAUUUUCGUUUGACGUUUCUGCAAACGAGGAAAAAACUCCAAUAAAUAUGUAUGAUUCAUGCCAAUCAACAAUUUGUUGUCAUUGGAAUACUAAACGUCUAACAAAUGACCUCUACGCGGGACGAAAAUGAAAGUAAGCGUUUCGUUCUCUGAUUGAAUAAACGCCUGUUAAUGAACUUGUAGUUUGAGUUAUAUGUUUUGUAUUAGUGCAUCACUGAUGCAUACGGUAGCCUGCCAACUUGGCAAGACAAACACUAGUUGUGACCACACAUGGUUAAGGUAAUUAUUGUUCUGUUUUUAGUCAUUCUCAUUGUAGUUAAUAAAUACAAAAUAUUAAGUUACAUAAUAGUAUAUUAAGUUUCAUUGUUCUUCCAUUAAUUUUAACAGAGCGAUACCUUGACCAUCUGAUUAAACAGAGCGAUAUUCGCUGUAACUGAUGUGAGUUCCCAUACUGAAUAAAUCUUAUUCAAUACUUUGUAAUACAACAUGUAUCAUAAUUAUUCUUCUUUUCGGACCUAACAUUGUUUCUCGCUUUUGUAACGAAGUGCAAAUUUUAUCAGAUUUUUACUUAGUUUUAAACAGAAGAGAAACAAAUAAGGUCUCCUAUAACUACUGUCCUUAUUUGCCAUUGUCAUUGAUUCUAUUUUGACAAUUGCAACCUUACUCCGUCGUCAAUCGAAUGGCGUGAAUCUAUUCCCCAUAUCGAAGACUUAACUGGUUGAUUUUUAUAUUGUAAAUAGCAUAUUAUGUAUAUUAAAAUUUAAAUUAUCAAGUAUAUAAUAGUCCAAUUAGAUAUAUGUUCGUCCACAUUUAAUUCCAGUCGAAAAUUAUUGCCGUCUAAUGUUAUUGUUGUCCAAAUGAAUUUUGCUUAUACUGUAUGCUGAAUUAUUUUACUAUUUCUCUUGUAACAAGGUCAAAGUGUAAAUAAUUUUAUGUCGCAGAGAAUGACGCCGUACUGAGCGACAAUUCGUAGAAGUCAAUUUGAUCGACUAUUGGCCUUCAAUAACAAUUAUAUUGCCCUUUUUAUCUAUACUAAUUAGCCCAAUAUCGUCCCUUUCGCUUCUAAACAAUCCAUCCAUAUUUUAAUGUUGGACGUUCAUUUUAUUUUAUUUGUCUUGCCCGGCUUGCAUGUUGUACAUAGUAGUAUCUUAUAAAAGAAAUUUAUUCACGUUCUUGUUAAAUUUUGUUAUGACUAGUGUAAUAAUUCAGGUUUAUUUUCAAUAUUAUAUAUCAUAUUUAUUAAAGUUUGGCUGUGUCGUGUUAUUGCCGCGUAAAGAUCUUGUAAAUAUUGUAUGGCUUUAAACUAACUCAUCGAAUGUCACAAAGUAAACUCUUCCAAGAGUGAUGGCUAAUGUUUUAGAACAGGUUCGGGGAUCACACGACAGAGUUCCAAUUGCAUAAUGAGGUUAUAGUGUUUGCCAAAUUCGCGGAAUAAACGUUUAUUUUCUAUUGCCAAACAUAACGUCUCGAAAGAUAGCAACAACCGGCCAGUGUUGGACAUCCACUAGAAAUAAGAAAUUUAUCUGGUCCUUUUCGGAAAUACCCUCCAGAUCACAAUAAAGUUCUUAGUAAUUUUAGUAUACAUUACAUUCGGGCCAGUCGACAGACAUCGGCCAACCUUGAGUACUUACACAAUCUGAGGCAAGUUCCAUGAUGCAAGUGAACAUAUAAUACCUGAGUUCAGUCCCUGGUCCAAUGUGUGGGAAGCCGUCUUGCAUAUUAUGUCCUGAAACUAACGUCCAUAUUUGAAAUGAUUUAGCGUUAAGUGAUUCUGAUUUUUAUCUUUGAAAGCAAAGUCAGUUGUGCAAGUCCAUUACAUAAAUUCCAAAUGCAAUUUGUUAAAGUCAACUUAAUACGGCAUAAGCGUCCUUAAAUUUGAUGUCAUUGUAAAGUUAAUUUUCACCUAAUGUAUACUUCUUUGUUGUUAUAUGCGUAUUAUAUAGUAUAUCGCGAACAUUGCGUAGGUUUACGAAACCUUGUUAAAGGAUAAAGUUACUUCUGUUAGUUUUUUGUCAAUUAAAGUGUCAAAUCGGCAUUAGAAUUUCUUUUCAUUACAUCGUCAAUUGUUUUAUGUAUAUAACAGGAACAGUAGAUUUUCAUUAGUGAUGUGAAGUUAUUUGGUCAAUUCAAACGUAAGUGCCCUUGUGUUGCUCAUGAUAAUAGUUUGUGGUUUAUUAUCGCUUUUUACUCAUUAUAAUGCUCAAUAUUGUGGUCAUGAUAUUAGAUGAUUAAAUUUCGCUUUGGGUUUUAAUUUAUUUCUGUUAUUUAUUUUAAUCAAAAAUCACUCAUAAUAAUUUUUCGUCGUUGACAGUCACCAUAACAGUAUAUUUGUUACGAAACGUUAUUACAAUAAAAUGGCCUUCAAUGUAUAGUAUUUAUUAGUAUUUACAAUUCAAUGAAAUCGUAUAGUUAUCGAAUUAAACAUUUAUCACGUGUCGUAUUGUUAAUAGAAAUCAGCAACAGAAUGUAUUAUACAAAAGAGUUUAUUUCGUAUUUUAGCAUAGUGUUUGUUGUUGUAAUAAUAGUUUUCAACAAAAGCACUGUUCGUGACUGUUGGAGGUUAUUGGCAAGAUAUUUGUGCGGGAAUUGCUUAUCUCUCGUGUAGACGCAGUGACCUUUACAGGUUACAGACGACCUCUCGCCGAUAGCGACACUUUCAGACGUCAACUGUUUUCAUUAUUCAUAAGCCAAUUCCUGCAUUAGUAAACACCUAAUCUUUAAAAUUUUGCUUGCCUCUAAACGUCAUUUAUUACAAGUUGAAUAAUAAACAAAACUCAAUUGAAAUCGAUAGAAACAAACAGUUUAAAAUGUUAUUGUUACCACUAGUUUAAGCACUGUCGAUUGUUUUAUUAUAAUAAUUCGUAAUAACUAUUGAAUAUAACAUGCAUUAUAUUAAUUGAAUCAUUCGUUUAUUGAUACUUAGUAGAUUUCUUCUGUUAAUAUUUUUCGGGGAGGUUGUUGAUUAUUGAAGUGGAUAUUGUGAAAAAUGCAUUCCAUUUGUCAAAACCGUUGAUUUAGCACUGUUCAUCGGCGCACCUAGUACAUGGAUAGCGAUAAAAGAAUGUGAAUACUAUAUUUUUACAGGCAAUAAAAUGCAUAGGAGAUACGCAGUCGUAAUUCCGUUUUGGAUUCAAUAUGACACUACUGAAUAGAUCCCGUAUUACUGAACGCGUUGUGUCAUAUUGACGUCUGCAUAACGUAGAUUAGACCAAUAUUUACAAAUCCCAGACCAUUUAAAAUAAGAUAUCCCUUUCUAACGUAUUACAAUAUAAUAUCUAAUUAUACUGUCACAAAGGGAGUAAUAAAAUGUCAAAUGUUGCUCGAUUGUUACCGAUUAAGUUAUUAUAAAGUUGGACAGAAAUAUUUGUAUUUUGUCAUGUUUAUACAAAGGAAAAAAAUAUCUCAAUAUAAUAUCAUAGUCCAUUGUACAGAGUAGAAGAUAUUUAGUAUCUAGUGAGGUCAUCUUCUUCUUAAAUCCUAGUUAGUGAUAUAUUAGGAGUACUAAUUCCCAAAUAUGUAUCAUUUUUUGUCGCAUGACAAAUGCGCCACAAUAUUUGUCUACUACGUUACUUUCGUUUACGUCUGGAUCGCAUCUACCUAUGAAACUUCAAAUCAGGUUGUGUUAACCCCAUGUUUCAACCGUAACAAUGAAUGUGGCCUAUUUUAUUUAAUUCAGUAAUAUUAUGUAUGUUAUCAAGUGGCAUUUUUGUCAUGUGCAAACUUAAAUAUGUUAUAUUACUUAACAUAGCUGAUAUUAUAGCGGCUUAAGGCGGGCGUUACAUACAUGAUGAUCCUUACCUUACUUUAAUUUUUAGAUAUAGAUCUUUGAGUUUGCGUAUUCUGAUCAAAUGUUAUUGUAAAUUUGCUGUACAGUAAUCAGAGGUCGGCCGCCGCCGCGAGCCCGGGCUCGACAUCAUCUCGCAAGACUGUCGAUUCACCGAACAAUUUGAAUAUUAUGUAUUAUGUCAAAUGUAAAUAGAGUACGAAUUAGACAUUUAGACAUGUUAAGGGAUGUAAUCUUAGUGUUUUAUUUUUAUUAAUUGCUAUAAAAUGUAUAUGACGGGGAAAUUAUUAUAUGAAUAUAGAAUGAUGGUUAUGGUUGGUGCGAACCUUACGCGCGGCGGCGGCCCCAGCGCUGACUGCGCGAUGAAACAAUGCUGCGAUAUUCCUUGUGCCCCUCGAAAUAUCAGUGCAUUAUAUAUGAGUCAAGAUGUAUAGACGAUGCGGUAGUGUUAAUGUGUAUAGAUACGUUUAUACAAAGCUCGAGUCGGGCGGACGAGAGAUACAGACUUGCCAGCCGGUUCGAGCGAACGACGACUAGCUAUGAAUCCUGACAUCGGCUCACGUUAAUUAGCUUAUAAAUAUUUCAUCAAAAUAUAAAAUACACAAAAAAAAUGGAUAUAAAUUUCUCGACCAAGUACUGGUUGUUUUUAAAUUAUUAAAAUGUAAAAAAAAAUUAGAAUAUAAACAAAGUAUAGGUACAAUUUAUGAAUUAUACUUUUCUUUUCGGCAUUUCAUGUAACAGUGGAAGAGACCUAGCUUUUUUGCUACACCGAAAUAUUUUGUGUAAGUUCGCAACCCAUGUUCACUAAGAACAUCCAAGCACACUUGUUGAAGCAACCUUACACAAUGUCGAAUGUUUCUAUAUAUUUUGUGAUUUCUUUUGCUCAUUGUCCUCUUCCAUUGCUUUUUUUUGUUUGUCAACUGUCUAAGUGUAUAAUAUGAUUUUGUUAAGGCAGGGUAAUGCAGAAAUGUGAAGAGGUACUUUUUUAAUUUGAAUUGAUUGCGGAUUUGUUUGAAUGUUUUAAAUUGAGUUACUUUAUCCAUUCAAUGGAAUUUGUAUUGUUAUGAAAGGAGCCAGAGUUUGUUGUUUUUUUUUUUUAAUUAAGUCAAUUUGAAUUUCGAUUUAAUGAGGCAGCAGAUUAGUUUAUUAUAACUGUCAAGUUACCACAGAAACAAUAGUCAGAUAUAGGCUCUCUUUGGCGUUGCCCUAAAUAGUUUUGAAAACUUUGGCAGUGCGCGGACGCUAGCCGUUCGCAGUGCUUAUAUGGAAGUUUGAUAGGUAGUCAGUAUUAGAUCAUGCAAUACAUGAGCUGAAGAGAGGUUGUGAAGAGUAUCGUUAUAAAAGGUACCUAUUCAAAAUCUGGACAAACAGACUAACUUAUGUUAUACGACAGAUAGUGUUGCUGCAAUGUGCAUUUAUGCCAUCUUCACUUUAAUUUGAAUAAUGGGAUCAGUGCCAAACUUUCUCCUUCUUAUUUAGCUCAAAACGAUGCAAUUGUUAGCAUGCUUGAUGAAACAGCUAAGUAAUUGUUUAGUUAGUCUGCCAUUUUGUGAAUAUUUUGUUUUGAUAGUAAUAUGUAAAUCUUUUAUAAUAUAUUUGUUUACAAUAAAUAAAUGACAACAUUAUAAAUAAAUGAAAUUGUAUUUUCCAUUUAAACUGAUGAAAAAAAAAAUAUAAAAAGAAUAAUAUGCAAUGA